AUGAGUAAAAACUCACCCAAAGAUUUUGAUGUAAUAGUAAUAGGAGGGGGACAUGCUGGCAUUGAAGCAUCUUUAAUUAGUGCUCGCUUAGGUCAUAAGGUUGCUUUAAUUACCCUAGAAAGAAAAAAGAUAGGUUUAAUGCCCUGUAAUCCUUCGGUAGGGGGAGUAGCUAAGGGAAUAGUGGUAAGAGAAAUUGAUGCCUUGGGGGGAGAAAUGGGUAAGGCGGCUGAUGCCACUGCUCUCCAAUUUAAACUUUUGAAUACUUCUAAUGGUCUAGGUGUACAAGCUCUCCGAGUGCAAUCUGAUAAGGUAGCCUAUGCCCAUUAUAUGCAAAAGGUAACUAGUGAACAAAAAAAUUUAGUUAUUAUUGAAGGAGCGGUUAGAGACUUGCUAAUCGCAAAAGGGAAAAUAAAGGGAGUAGAAUUGAAUAAUGGUGAAGUUUUUUCAUCCAAAAUAGUGAUUUUGACUACGGGUACUUAUCUGCGACCAAUUAUUUAUCGCGGUCGAGAAAGUAAGGUGGAGGGACCGAGUGGCGAAAAAGAAGUGGUUAAUAAUCUUUCUCAGCAGCUGGUUGAACUAGGUUUUAAAUUAAAUCGUUUUAAGACGGGUACUAGUCCUCGGAUUUUGAAAAGUAGUAUUGACUGUACCCAAUUUAAAUUAGAACCGGGCACUGAUUUACCUUUACGUUUUUCUUCUCGGAGUGAUUAUUCUCAAUUAUUGCCUUUUUCUCAGCAAUUGCCUUGUUAUCUGCUUUAUACUAAUGAAAAGACUCAUCAAGUUAUCCGAGACAAUCUCCAUUUAUCUCCGAUUUUUAACGGAGAAAAUAUUGGUCCUGGUCCUCGUCGUUGUCCUAGCAUCGAACAUAAAAUUCAUUACUUUGCGGACAAAGAAAGACACCAAAUUUUUGUAGAGCCACAAUCCCAAAUAAAAGGUGCUAAGGAAGAAGAAACUUACUACUUACAGGGGCUUUCUACCUCUUUGCCCGCCGAAGUUCAAAAAAAGAUUUUACUGACUCUUCCUGGAUUUGAAAGGGCUACCCAAUUAAAAAAUAGUUUAGAAAGUAAACUGGUUACUGGUUUAUUUGUGGCCGGACAAAUUAAUGGCACUACUGGUUACGAGGAAGCGGCUGCGCAAGGAUUAAUGGCAGGAAUUAAUGCCAGUCAAAAGUUGAAAAAACGAAAUCCACUAAUUUUAAAAAGAAGCAAAGCUUAUAUUGGAGUGUUGAUUGAUGAUUUAACUAUUAACAAAAUUACUGAGCCUUACCGUCUUUUAACUUCUCUCGCUGAAUAUCGUUCAUUAUUAAGACACGAUAAUACGAAAAGAUUAAAAAAAAGAAUUAGACAAAAACUACAAAAAUUAGUAUUCAAGGUUGAUCGCGACCUAGUUCAAAAUUUCCCUUGUUUAGACACUAGUCAAUGGAAAACUAUAAAAAUAAUAAACGGUUAUGAAUUACUGAGAAAUAAUAAAGUUUCAUUAAAGGAAUUUAAACCUUGGAUACCAGAAAUAGAAACUUUAAAUUGGGAAGAUCAACGAGAAUUAAAGGCUGAUGCUAUCUAUGCCAAUCAAUUAGAGAAAGUAGAAAAAGAAUUAAAAGAGUUAAAUAAGUAUGAAACUAGAAAAAUCCCCGCCACUCUUGAUUAUGCGAAAGUGGUUAAUUUAUCCAAAGAAGCCCAAGCAAAAUUAACUGAGGAAAAACCGACUUCACUCGGGAGAGCCAGACGGAUAGGAGGAGUUAGUCCAGUUGAUAUUCAAAUGUUAAAUUAUUAUUUAAAUAAGAAUCAGAAAGAGUUAUUAAGGAAAUAG